AGGCUCAGUAGUUGUGGCGCACGGGCUUAGUUGCUCCAUGCCGUCUGGGAUCUUCCUGGCCCAGGGAUCGAACCCGUGUCCCCUGCGUUGGCAGGCGGAUUCUUAACCACUGCACCACCAGGGAAGCCCCCGUCUUAAAUUCUUGAAUACGAGUUGUAGAGAAGUUGGUAGAAGUUAGCAGCAGUUAGAACUGCUUUAACCGGGGGUUGGUAAUGUGGAUGUAGUAAAACAUGGAAGUGAAAGAUCACUUUGAGAGUUAGGAAGUAAAAAUCAGUUACAUCUUCUCUAGAGGAUGAGAGCAGUUUUGGGGUAUUAGUAUUGUUAUGGUUGCUUAGUAAGUCAUUACUAACCACAGCGCAGUCAGAAGCCAUUAUUACACAGCUGCUGGGUGUGGCUGUGUUCUGCGGGGAGCUGGGAGGAGAGGUGAGCCAGGAGGCUGCCCCUCGUGUGCUGUUCCUCAGUCUAUGUGCCCUUGAACCUGGGCUCCAGUGCUGGUGGAGGAGACAGAGGGGAGCUCGAGGCAAGUGAACAGGUACUGAACAAAUACAUGGACUCGUUCUCAAAGUAUGCUUUGAGACCGUGAACAUGGACUUUUCUCGGCUCCACAUGUACACUCCUCCCCAGUGUGUGCCCGAGAACACUGGCUACACGUAUGCACUCAGUUCAAGUUAUUCUUCUGAUGCUCUGGAUUUCGAGACUGAGCACAAAUUGGAUCCUGUAUUUGAUUCUCCAAGAAUGUCCCGCCGCAGUUUGCGCCUGGUCACCACAGCCCGAGCCGCUGAGGAUGGCCCCGCUGGGGACAGAGCGGCCAGACUAGCAAAGCAGCACAGCAGUGCACACAAGCCGGCAUUUAGUAUCAACCACACCUCGAGGAAGGUCCUGUCCUUGGCUGUCAGCCAGAGCGGCUCCAGUGCCAUGCGGGCUGCGGCUUGUCUGCGGCCUCCUGUGCUGGACGAGUCUCUGAUCCGCGAGCAGACCAAAGUGGACCACUUCUGGGGUCUUGACGAUGACGGAGAGCUUAAAGGUGGGAAUAAAGCUGCCAUUCAGGGAAACGGCGAUGUGGCCGCAGGGGCCGUAGAAGCAGCAGGGAGCAACGGCUACACCUGCAACGACUGCAGCCUCCUUUCUGAGCGCAAAGGCGCGCUCACCGCGUACUCCGCUGCCCGUGGCCCGGCCUCAAGGAUUUACUCGAGGGAUAGGAGUCAGAAACGCCGCGCCGCUCGCUGCAGGGAUAGCAUCUUGUCGCUGGUCACGCGCACCUCGGCGUCCUUUCCUUCGUUCUUAGUUCAGCUCUUCCAAGUGGCUUUAAUGAAGCUCAAUUAUGAAUCAGAAAAUUACAAAUUGAAAAGUUAUGAAUCAAAAGAUCGCGAAUCAAAAAGCUGUGAGUCAAAAAGCCAUGAAUCAAAAGCUCAUUCCAGUCACUGUGGGAGGAUGAAUGUGAGAGAGCCCCUCGGCGAGGACGGCCACCUCCGUGCAAACGGGGCGUCGCUGUGCGAUGACUGUAAGGGGAGGAAGCACCUGGAAACACACACCGCCACCCGCUCGCAGCCCUCAUGGCCAGGAGGGCUGGCAGGGACCGUGGGGCUCGCCUUGUCCCAUGCAGGUCACUUCUCGGUGCAGGCGCUGCGCGAGGUCGGAGCCACGGGAGGGUUUGUGUCCAGGACGGUGUCAGCGGUGCUGUGGUUGGCGGUGGCCUGUCCAGGGAAGGCAGCAUCUGAAGUAUUCUGGUGGCUUGGGGUUGGAUGGUACCAGUUUGUUACUUUGGUUUCUUGGCUGAAUGUGUUUCUUCUUACAAGGUGCCUUCGAAAUAUUUGCAAGUUUUUAAUCUUGCUCAUUCCAGUAUUACUUUUACUAGGUGCAAGUAUUUCAUUAUGGGGCCAGGGUGAUGUUCUUUCACUCCUGCCUGUGUUAAACUGGAUGCACAGCCACAGAGCACAGAGGGUGGAUGACCCUAGGACCAUGCUCACACCCGACACUUCGCACCCGAACCAGCCUCUGCAGGUUGGCGAUGAGGUUUUCCACUGGCAUCGGAUGAGUGAAGUGGAAAGGCAGGUGGCUGCAUUGUCGGGACAGUGUCACAGCCAUGACAAGAAGCUUGGAGAGUUGUCAACCUUGCUCCAGAAACUGCAGGCGCGGGUGGACCGGGCAGAUGGCAGCAAUGAGGGGGUGUGGCCCCCGACCGACUAUGUGACUCUCCGCCAAGAACAUGAAUUGCGCAUCUCCAGCCUGGAAGAUAUUCUUGGAAAACUGACAGAAAGAUCUGAGGCCAUCCAGAAGGAAUUAGAACAGACUGCACUAAGAACAGUCAGCAGAGCCGACGAGGAGCCGCGCCUCCUUGCCGUGGCCCGGCGUCUGGAGCAGGAGCUGGGGCGUCUGAAAGCAGGCUUGUCCGGGCGGCAGCGGUUGGGAGCCAGCCGGGAGGAGGUGGACGCGGCAUCCGAAAGAGUGGACGCCCAAGUCAGAGAAACUCUCAGACUCAUGUUCUCCGGAGAUCAGCACGAAUCUUCUCUCGAGUGGCUGCUCCAGAAACUGUCUGCUCAAUUUGUAAAUAAGGAUAACUUGCAGAUUUUAUUACGAGAUUUAGAGCUGCAGAUACUGAAGAACAUUACCCACCACAUUUCUGUGACAAAACAGAUGCCAACUUCUGAAACUGUAGUAUCUGCUGUGAAUGGAGCGGGCGUUUCUGGAAUAACAGAAGCGCAAGCGCGUGCCAUCGUGAACAGCGCCCUGAGGCUGUACUCCCAGGACAAGACUGGCAUGGUGGACUUCGCCCUGGAGUCCGGGGGUGGGAGCAUCCUGAGUACCCGCUGCUCUGAGACGUAUGAGACCAAGACCGCACUCAUAAGCCUGUUCGGUGUCCCGCUCUGGUACUUCUCCCAGUCCCCCCGCGUGGCCAUCCAGCCUGACAUCUAUCCAGGGAACUGCUGGGCGUUCAGAGGCUCCCAGGGGUACCUCGUGGUGAGGCUGUCGAUGAAGAUCCACCCGACCACCUUCACCCUAGAGCACAUACCAAGGACUCUGUCACCCACGGGGAACAUCACCAGCGCCCCCAAGGACUUCGCGGUCUACGGAUUAGAAAAUGAGUAUCAAGAAGAAGGGCAGCUCCUGGGGCAGUUUACCUACGAUCAAGAAGGGGAGUCACUACAGAUGUUCUCUGCCCCGAAAAGACCAGAAAGAGCUUUCCAAAUAGUGGAACUUCGGAUUUUUUCUAACUGGGGCCAUCCCGAAUACACGUGUCUUUACCGGUUCAGAGUUCACGGAGAGCCUAUCAAGUAAAGAGACUACUCACUGUUCUUGUACAUUUUGUAUAUACUGGGACAGCCUGGAACACUGGAAUCCUUCACGGACACGGGCAUACAGAGAGCAGUAUAAUGUCACCCCUGAAAUAAACGCACUGACUGCCAGCAGGACGUGGGUGUGGAAGCGAUAAAUGCCGACACCCAGCUUGCUGUUCUGUCCACAGGAAACACUGCAUGUUGACUGCUUGGGCUCAGAGACCCGCUAGCUACAGGUGGUCUCUGUGGAGAUUCAUCUGAAUGUAUAGUUCACAAAGAUACUUACUUUUGGCCUCUGGGGGAUUUGUUUUUGAACAUAAAACUCUUUGUAUUUGCUUGACAUCAGGAACAAAGCAAAGGAAGUUAAAAGGUUUGGAGUGUUCUUGAAGCCUUGACAGCGGCCUUCACUGGCCCUUUUAAAAAGGACCUUUUGGGGCAGAUAUGUGUUCAACCCAGCACACGUUUCUUUCAGGGAAGAACAGUGUCACCAAAGUUCAGAGUUCUGAACUCCCUUUCUUUAGGGUGAGAUUCUCCUCUGUUCGGCACCAGUAGUUCUUUCAAGUCACCAGGUGGGGAAGUAAUGAAAACGGGUUCUCCUGCCUAGUUUGCUCCCACUUCUGAGAACGAUUUUCCGUCAGGGCUUGGCGUGUGAACAUCCGUUCAGGAACCCUGGAGAGUUUCCCUUUGCAGGUUGAAGUGGGUCUGCUUCGAAAGGGGAUGGUCUGGAUCUACACAAACAUGUAAAUAGAGUUCUCAGGUCUCCACUGGGCUCAUCCCAUCAGAUUUUCCCUGCAGUUUUACUUCACACUAUGAAUAGGAACCAAGAAAUCCAAUCUUUUGGAUAUGUUCAGGUUUUGUUUUGAAUUUUUCUGGAAAAGCAAACACUAACAUGCUCUACGUCUUUCAGAGGCUUAUGCUUCUAUUCCACUGAUGGUUAUUAAAGGAGAUUGUCCGGUGUGGCAAAUUCAUGAAACCAGGACAUUUGGUGAUUAGGUUUUCUUACAGCAGCACUUUGUACUGGCUCUGGUUGGGAUUUGCCUUUUAUUAUAGCUGUUGGCCAUUCUCUCUCAAUUCCUGUGAGACUUGCUUUGGUUAUAAUUAGUAUUUAAUAUUUAGACUAUUUUACUGAGCAGACUUUAUAAAUGAGAUAUCUGCAAGGCACUUAAGGUGUUACAGAUGUUUUACCUUAAAAAUUAUUUAAGUUUUAUUGGGUUAAGACAGUCUUUUGGUGUCCCAUACAUGUUGUAUUUUCAGAAAAAGAUAAAAUGAUGGUGCUGACUGGUUUUCUGAAGAGUUUUAUGUAUAUUGCACAACAGUCCUCAGAUAUACAAAAACUACAUAAACUAGCAUUUUUUUUCACUCUUGUUAGAAUUGAAAUUAAUGCCUAUGCAGUUAAGUUGGGUAAAACGUAUACAGAUGUUUCAUAUAUUACAGGAUACAUAUAUAGAUCAAAAUUUCCUAUAUAAAACUAAAUUUGGGAGAUGGGGUGGAAAUAUUUUGAAUAUUAAUUUAUUUUUAAAGAUGAGAGAUAGGACUUUGUGCAAUGUAUUUUUGUAAAUGCUUUUCAAAAUAUUUGUCAUUGGUAGAGCUUCUUUUCGCUGCCACCAAAUUGGUAAGAUGCUAUCGAAACGUUUAAAUAAAGAGCUUUAAUUUUUAAAAAAAUGCAUGUGAUAUUUCAGAUGAACAAUAAACAGUGUGUUUCUUUUC